AUGAUCAAAGGUGUACAACCAGAUGGCCGAUGUUUGUUUAGAGCAAUAGCUCACGGAGCUUGCUUACAAACCGGAGAGGGAGUGCCUGACGAAGACCGUCAGAGAGAGCUUGCUGAUGAUUUGAGGGCUAAGGUGGUCGAAGAGCUCUUAAAGAGGCGCAAAGAAAUGGAAGGGUUCAUUGAUGAAGACUUUGAUUUGUAUGUUGAGAGGAUUCAAAAGCCUUAUGUUUGGGGCGGAGAACUGGAAGUACGAAUGGCAUCUCAUGUGCUCAAGAAUCUGAUAUCUGUCUUUAUGAAAGAUCAGAAGACAAACAAAUUGACAAACAUAUCAAAUUAUGGGGAAGAAUAUAAUGACAAGUACCCUAUAAAUAUUUUGUUUCAUGGGUAUGGUCACUAUGAGCUUUUAGAGAAUUAUUAA